AGCCACCAGUACUCCGCGCGGCAGCAUUCGGGGUGCGCGUGUCGCCUUUCAAACGCUCACAUUAACACACUGACGCGCCACAACUGCAUUGUGCAUUUACGACGACAAUCGUAAUUUGCUAAGCUGAAAGUGAUACAUUGCCGGCGUUCCUGUACCCCCACGUAAAUGUUCGUGCCCGUCCGCGAGGAGAAAAAUAAACAUAGCACUUCGGUGUGUCAAUUGUUUCAGACGUGGCUCCCGACAGCGGCCCCCCGCCGCGCGCCCCCGCCAGCGCCUGUACAUUAUAAUCUGUGGAUUCUGUGAUGCUGACACGAACAGAGCCCUACAGGAAACUGCGUCCUAGAGGGCGACGGAGGACGUUACCGUCUACUAAGUAAUAGAUAGUUCCUAAGUGUUAAGUGUUUCGUUGCCAAAAUGAUGGGCAACCGGAGAAACUUAGUGUUUAGAGUGAGCAUCGUGAUCAACAUCGCGGUGCUACUGUACGCGGCCAUGCACUUUUCUGGCACCACGAGCAACGGAAUAGACUGGAUGCCGGUCGCCGUGGACGGGCAGGAGCCUGCGCGCAGCGCCGAGGUGCGGUACCUCUACGAGCGAAGACCCGAGGCCCGCAACGAGACAGAAACUAGACCUGAACCGCUUCUCAAAGCUUACGAUGAAUCCACCUCGCAAAAGACACCGUCCACUGUGGCCACUACCAACAAGACUGCUUCGAGCACGGCAUCUGUUGUGGUUCCGUCGGAGUCGGAAAUAACCAGCGAUGGUCUCGACAUAGUCGAUGAGAACGCUUUAUCCGAGGCUACACUGCAGCGCCUGCGCUCUCUGCUGAACUGUAAUGAGAGAGACUUCUUGCCGGUGACCUACCAGCGGGGAGAGUUCUGGGUGCUGAAAAACUACGUGCGCGCUGAUGACGGCGUCGUGCUCUGUCACGAAUCCAUCACCUACACCACGCACGCAGGCUUUGAAUUCCUCGACAAUGUCCUGCCACUCGUCGAAAGAUGGAUGGCGCCUGUAAGCUUGGCCAUCCACGCGCCGGGCGCCGACCUGUCGCCCACGGUGAACAGCAUCAGGUAUCUCCGGGACUGCACCGGUAACGACCUCGUCCGGUCGUACGUCUCCUUCCACGUAUUCUUCUCACACAAGCAUAUACCGAGCACGAUACCAGACCCCGAGAGCUUCCUAAAUACCCCAUACAAUUGCAGCAGCAACCCGCCGUUUGUAGUCUCCAACUCGACGUACAUGAAGCAGAAAAGCCUGCUUUACCCCGUGAAUGUAGCUCGCAACAUCGCGCGAGACUCUGCGCUCACGCACUUCAUACUGCCAUCGGACAUCGAGUUGUACCCUAGCCCUAAUCUGGUCCCGCGGUUCCUGAACAUGAUAGCGAGAAACGCAAAACCUCUAAACACUUCAACUAAACCGAGGGUCUUUCCAAUCAGUAUAUUUGAAGUCGAUGCCAAAGUCAAAGUGCCAUCAACCAAAACUGAGCUCCAAGAGAUGUUGAAGAAGAAGAAAGCCAUUCCAUUUCACAAAUUCGUUUGCCCGACCUGCCACAAUAUACCUCAAGCGCAGCAGUGGAUGUCUGCUAGUGAAACAACCCAAAUGGAGGUGUUCCACGUAGGCAAAAGAAAAGGCAAGUUCGUUAUCUGGGAGCCUAUCUUCAUCGGCACUCACCAAGACCCUUACUACGAUGAGCGGCUGAGCUGGGAGGGCAAAAAGGACAAAAUGACGCAGGGUUACAUUUUAUGUGUUAAAGACUACGAUUUCAUGAUCCUCAACAACGCGUUCCUCAUCCACAAGCCCGGGAUCAAGUACUACGUGAAGAACGCCAAGCGAGACGCUAUCGUGGCUCGUCAGAACCACUUCGUGAAGCAGGUCAUCACGCCCGAGCUCAAGAAGCUCUUCGGCACCAAGGAUGGCUGUGCGAUGUGACGAAUAAAAUAUGAGGACGUCUCUGUGGCCUGAAAAUAAUGAUGAACGCAAUUUCUGUGUCUUGAUAACAACAGUCCGUAGUUAUUUAACGACACGAUGCUAGUUCAUUUACUUGUAGCCUUAAAGCCAGCUAAGCGCAGGAGUCGAGUGUUGCGGGGGGAAAAAAUCUACCAAAAAAUGUGCGUGCGCCUUUGGCAACUAAUUUUUGGUGCAUUUAUCAUCUUAAAAGUAAAUUACAUCACUUCAAAUUUUGAAGUUGGAUGCUGCCGCGAUUAUGUUAUAUUGCUUAUUUUAGUGUAACUUGUCAAACGUAUACUUUGUCCUGUGUACGGGAAAGAAAACAAUUAACUUAAGGAAAUUAAGUGAAAAUUACAUAUCAACAACUACUCUUGAGGAUGUGAGUUAAAAUUUAAAAGUGCAGAAAAACCACCUUCCUCCUAUGUAAAGUGUUUCUGAACAUUAAGAAAGAUUGUACAUUUAAUUGCUGCGUACCUAUGUUCGCUAUCAAAAAUUAUAACGAAACAGUAAUUACAAUAAACAUCAAGCACUGCUUUGUAAGUACAUACUUUUUUAGGACACGUCUUCAUUAAAAAUGGAUGUUAAAAGAAGGAAAAAUAGGUGAAAACUUUUCCCAACUUACGAAAUGUCAACUAGUCCAAAUGCCUAUAAAGCUAUAAAGAAUAAAUAUAGGUAUAACACUAUAAAAGUUCGAUAUUUUUCUAAACGAAUUUUGUACUUUGUGUAUUCAUGAGCUCUUAUAUACAUGUCCUUAUGUAGAUAUGUAGGUAUCUAAGAUAUUUAGUAGCUUCAGUCCGACUGAAACUAGUGAAAAAUCUCCGUCUACCGCAGUGCAUUAGGUAUCUAUUUAAGACUAUCGAAUUUUGUUUGAUGCUCUUAUUACAUCUAGGUACUAAUCUAUAAAUCAAUAUUCGUAGUAUUGACUUUGUUUAUAGUUGAACCCAGCUGCAACCGCUACGAUUUUUUAUCAUUUAGAUGUAUUUACCUGUAAACGUUUUAUACUUGUGUAGAAUAUUUAACAAAUUCUGUAAAAAAAAUCAUAGUGUUAUGAUUUUUAUGGAAAGGAAACUAGUUCGUGAUCUGUAUGCACCUGUUGAAAAUAGGAAGGUGUUUAGUUCACACGGUACAGCUACAGUCACCGUACAGUGCCUUCCUCUACGAAGCGGUCAAACAAAUAUACUCUAUUUACAAAUAACAUUUUAUCAGAUUUUUUGCGCGCUUUGUUGUAGAUGUUUGUACCUUUGCACCGUCUAGAAAUUAGAUCUUUUAAUGAAAACUUAUUUAGAGGAAUCAUAAAAUACCUACCAUAUACCUACUUAUCAGUUAUCGGGUUAACGCAAGCAUUUUACCUAUUCUAUGAAGUAUAGAAGGAUCUGGAAAUAUAACUACAUUUAUAUGUUUGAAAUAAAUGUAAGUAUAAAAUUCAAUAGCCUUCUCUACCGUUAUGCCCCACUAAAAACUGACUGAUUAGUAUUAUUUGGAUUAUGUAUUGUUAUAAUUUACAAGAGUUAUCGGUUUGUAAAUAAGCUUAUACAUCAUGUGUACAUAUUAUGUAUGUAAUUAUUGUGUUAGAAUACUCAUUCGUAUAAUAUUAAACUGUAUGAGUUAUAAUUCACUGUACUUUCGAAUUCGAAAUUUGGAAAAACAAUUGCGACUCUGUCGCCCAUAAAAUUAACCCCAGAAAAUUCUUACACCACUGUAUAGGUACAACAUUUGCGGCCUCUGAGAUCCCUAAAACUGGUGGUUUUUACUGUAUUUGGCACUUCUUCUAAAAAGUUUACCGAUCCCUGUACGGCUACCACCUGUGGAGAUCAAGCGGAGAGGCCUUUGCCCAGGAGUGGGCCACUAUAACGGGCUAAGAAUAUUAGGUUAAUUUCGUCACUAAAGUAACUGCACUAAGCCCUUAGUAACUAUCUUAGUGGUAAAUAACGAGUAUAUAAUAUACCUACAGGUGAAAAUUCGUUAUCAUACGGGCAUCAUACACGAGUUUGGAUAGGUUUCUAUUAAAAAGGUGCGUAGUAAAUUUCCCACGUUAAGACUUUAAUGUUUAUUAAUGAUCCGAUAUAUUAGGAAAUGUAUACCAAUUUUUACUACUUAUCAGAUAUUAGUAGGUAAUAAUUGGUAAUAAUAACCAGUCCCUCAUACCAGUAGCCUUUAACUCGUAUUCUCAUGUUUUAUUUUAUACUAUUCGUUGUAAGCUAAGCUUUACUUAAACAACCAAAUUUGUAACAAAAUACCCACGAUUUUCUUUUCGCUUUUCCCCAUGUUCGGCUUGGCUAUAAGAAUGAUUUGAUUUAUUUUAUAGCUAUUGUUUUAAUUUCAAGGAAAUGUGCACAAGUCAAUAUCUACAUAUCUUUUUGAUAGCGAAUAUAUUUUAUAAGACUAUUUAUUUAGUAAAAUGUUAAAUUCCUGAAGUGCAUUUUGCUUUAGUAUUAAUUAAUCGUAUACGUAGGUAACUUUACUUUAACUAGACACGUUUUCUAACCGGUUGCUGUAACUGUAGGCCAUAGUUUUAACGUGAAGCGUAGGCUAAAUUACGAACCUGAGUCCGCACAAAAUCUUAUGCGUAUCGUAUACAUUACUUAUACCUAAGUAUAAUAUUUUGUAAACUUUGAACCUGCCUAAACUAAUAAAAGGGUAAUAGAUAUUAAGUUUUACCAAUGAAUCACUACGGCCUAUUACGAGUGUAAGGAGCUUAUGUUUGUGUAAUGUAUAUUGUAGUAGUAAAGAUUACCACAUGAUGUAGAAUUAAACAAAUUAGACCGAUUUACUAUUCGGUAGCGACUAAUUACUUACUCAGCUUAAACCCCCCUGUCUAAAAAGCUACGAAAAUCAAAGAUCCCAACGAAUUAAAAACUUCCUACUACUCGUAUUUCUAGUUGGAUAAAAUGGUUGUCAAUUAACUUUUUAGUGGCCUCAAUUGAUCCAUAACUGGCAAGGUGAAGCCACUGGCGAGUACACGGGCUGGAUAAGCUGGAUUCCAAUACAGCUUCGACGUCCCAAAAGAACUUACACAGACAUAAGCUCACUUCUUAUCAUCGCAGGCGCACAAUCGUAUUUUAAUAUUUAUGCAAAUAGUCGGUAUAAAUGCGACUGUUCGCGUGCAAGUUACUCUGGGCACAUUCGGACUAUGUGACGGGCCUUAUUGUAUCGCGGUGAUUAAAUUAGUAUUGUAAUUAAAAACGAGUGUUUAAGCUCACCACGUUCGGACAUAGCAUGUAGGUAUACAGUAUACAGUUAGGUUUUUAUUUGGCUUUCUUCGCCGUUUUUUUUUUACAGAUCUUUAUGUUUGACUUACUAGCUUAUUUAAGUUAGUCAGUAUUUUUCUCGUUUAGAUCUUAUUAGACGUAAGUUAACAUGUAAUCGGGCUUUGGUUUCGGUAUACGCAUGUGGUGAGUUUUCACUUGUCUAGGCUGGAAGUGCCUCUGCCUCGUAGAUAAUAAGUGCAAUAUUAUUGAAGUCUCUCGAUGUGAUCAUUUACGAAUAUAAAUAUUUAUCAAAAUAUAAAAAAAAACUUAUUGCUUAUCUUUUAUAAUGUUUUAAACAAUUUCUUAGAAAUCAUCAUGUAAAAUUAGUCGAUGUAAAAAAUUUAAUUAAAAAAAUCUGACAGUGAA